GGAUUUGUAGAUUUUGCUUUUUGCAAAUGGAGUAAUGGCGGCGGAUCGGAAAUAUACAUACACUUUCCACGGGUACAUGGCCAUCUGCCAUCAACACAAAUGAACAUUCAAUUAUGACGCCAGUAGAAAAGAAAAUAAUCAAUAAACUUGAAGUUUGAUGUUCAAAUACCGAACCAACCUCCUUAUCGGUCUAGAAUCGAACGAGAUACCACACGACUGACUCCAAACAUGCUGCAUGAGCGCCGACAGAAACGAGAAUUUCUGCUUGCAACGUGGACAGUGAAAUAUGUUAUUCUUUUCCGGACGGUCGUGAACAUUGAUGCGUCGCAACAUGGCGGGCCGAAACGCCGGAUCGCUAUACUCGUGCCAGUCCCAGGACAGCGCUACCCAUCUGUUGAGCUCCAGCAUAGUCCGGUAGGGGCAACCUCCGGAGUCGAUGUGGAGGAUUACAUGCGCGAAUGUUUUGAAGCCUUGGCCACAGGCUGGACAAUCUUCUUCGCGGGGGAAAUGGACUUAAUUGUGAUUUGCGAGAUUCGAUGGGGUAUCGAAAUGUUCGUUGCACACUUCACACACGUUGUACUUUUCCAUGUGGUCAUAGAAUUCCUCGUGGUUAAACCAGACCAAACCCUUUCCGUUGUUGCUCUGACGGCAUACAUAUCCACAGUCAUAAGAGGUCCCAUCAAAAGAACAUGAGUCGCACACAAAGUGGUUCUUGGAUUUCAUAUGGUGUUCUCACAUGGCAUCCUCGCUAACAAACGAACGGUCACAGCGUUCACACCAUUCGCGAUUAGGUUCUAGUAAUACAAAGAGAGGUCCGAGAACGAUUGGAUAGUUGGGGAUGAAAGAGGUAGUCAUGAUGAUAUCCUCCUGACUGAUAACUCCGAUUUUUAGGAUUACUUCAGGUUUAAAGCAAUGCCUUUAUAGGAUGCUAUUUACGGAUAGGGUAGGUAAGAGAGAUUCAGAUAUCAAGGAGUUACUGGAUAAAGAGAUCCCCAACCCUUGACUCGUGAUAACUGACCCUGACAGACACCUUGAAGCUAAUGAUGAAUAACAGACAUCAACUCAAAGUUCUGGAUUAUCUGAUUGGGGUCUGAUCAUCU